UCACUCAUGAUAUUUUUGUCUCUAGAGAUGUGCAGUUCUAUGAAAAUGUAUUCCCAUUUAAAGACCAAAACCAAAACCAGAACCAGACCUCUCCCUAUGCCAAUCCAAUUGACCCUACCAUUUUUGAUGAUUUUAGUCCUACCUAUCAACAACCUUCAACCAAUCCAGAACCCUUCCUCAAUGAUCUUCACUUUGAUUCAGGAGAUGAAAACUCCCCUCCUGAUUCUCCCACAGAAUCUCCACCACCUUCCCCUCCACCACCUUUCCCUACCAGAAAAUCCAACAGAACUAAAAGACCGCCUACUCACCUUCAACAAUACCAUUGCAACCUGCUUCAUCAGCUUUCUUCCACCAGUCAUCCAAGUCAGCAGCAGACUCCAGGUAUCACCUACCCCCUAUCUUCUGUCUUGGAUUAUUCUACUCUCUCACACAACCAUCAGAAUUUUGUGUUGAACAUUUCUUCUCACAAAGAACCACAAACUUACAAAGAGGCCUGUCAGUAUCCUGAAUGGAAUGAAGCAAUGCCAGUUGAAACUACUGCCCUUGAGGCCAAUCAGACUUGGGAUGUUGUUGAACUCCCUCCUGGUAAAAGACCAGUAGGUAACAAGUGGGUUUACAAAAACAAGCAUCUUUCUGAUGGAAGUUUAGAAAGACAAAAAGCUAGGCUUGUUGCUAAGGGUUACAGCCAACAGGAAGGAGUUGAUUAUCAAGACACAUUUGCUCCAGUGGUUAAAAUGACAACCAUUCGUCUCUUUCUAGCCAUUGCUGCUGCUCAGGAUUGGCAUGUUCACCAACUAGAUGUGAACAAUGCCUUCCUUCAUGGUGAUCUAGACCAGGAAGUAUACAUGAUGCUUCCCCCUGGUUACAAUCCUCCACCUGGCUUCAAAAACCCUGUGUGCCGCCUAAAAAAGUCUAUCUAUGGUCUCAAACAGGCAUCACGCCAGUGGUUCACUAAGCUUGCUGAUAAGCUACAGUCUCAGGGCUAUAUGCCUAGCAAGGUUGAUCAUUCACUUUUCUACAAAUCAUCAGGUUCCUCCUAUACCUGUAUCUUAAUUUAUGUUGAUGAUUUGGUCAUUGGAGGCAACAAUUUAGCAGACAUUCAUCAGCUCAAGUCUUUCCUUCAUCAAACAUUCAGUAUAAAAGACUUAGGCAAACUCAAAUUCUUUCUGGGAAUUGAAGUUGCAAGAAGCAGCAAAGGCAUUCACAUUUCACAGAGAAAAUAUACACUUGAAAUCCUUGAUGAAGUUGAUCUCAUUCAUUCCAGACCUGCUACUACACCUGUGGACUACAAGGUUCAUCUAUCUGUUGAACACAAUGAUCCCUAUCAUGAUCCUGAAGAGUACAGGAAAUUGGUUGGAAAAUUGAUCUACCUCAUCACCACUCGCCCUGACAUCAGCUAUGCUACACAACAAGUCAGUCAAUACAUGGUUAAUCCAAACAAUGAUCACUUCAAAGCAGUUGUUCGAAUCCUUCGUUACCUGAAGACUGCGCCUUCCAGUGGCCUGUUCUUCUCUGCUGAUUCUCCUCUUCAUUUGAAAGCCUUCAUCGAUUCCGACUGGGCUGCCUGUGUUGAUACAAGGCGCUCUGUCACUGGAUACUGCGUCUAUCUUGGUGAUUCUCUUGUCUCGUGGAAGAGCAAGAAGCAAACCACCAUUUCCCGAUCUUCUUGCGAGGCUGAAUAUCGUGCUCUGGCUUACACCACCUGUGAGCUCCAAUGGCUGCUUUACUUGCUUCAAGAUUUUCAGAUUUCUAAUCCACAGCCUGCAACCCUCUACUGUGACAACCAGUCCGCGAUCUACAUCGCCGAAAAUCCAACUUUUCAUGAACGGACAAAGCACAUCGAGCUCGACUGUCACUUUGUCCGCGAAAAGCUACUCAAUCGCACCAUCAAAGUACUCCAUGUCUCUUCAAGUCAUCAAUUGACUGACCUCUUCACCAAAGCUCUCUCCCCAGCACCUUUCUCCUUCAUGCUCUCCAAGCUCGACGUCCUCAAACUUGUUAAAACUUCUCUUUUCCUUUUUCGGCUGUACUUGCUUUUCUUCCAAGCCUUGUCUUCUUACCUUGUUUUGUAAGGUUUCUGUACUGAUUCACCAGCUAUAUAAGCUGUGAAAUGAAAUGAGAAAGGCAGGGCUUUAGGAUUUGCUUGAUCCAUAACGUUGUUACCCACCUUCAGACGGGAUGACAAGGAACACAUCACACAAAUAUUACCACCUAUUAUUUAUUUUUUCCUCAAACUCAAACCUACUAUAAGAGGAUGAUCGAGUAAUUAUUUUGUUCCAACUUCCAAGGGUUUCCCACUCGUCUUAUCGUAUGUAGUAGUAGUACAGGUAGAUCGAAGAUUCCUAAGUUCGGGGGUGUCGCACAAAAGCAAUUCCCCAAUCAAGAAUUAAUGGAGAAUUUUAUGAAUGAAUAUAAGAUAAUUAAGUAUAUUACAAAAUUAGCAAAUGGUACAAUCACAACAAUUCCUGCCAUGUUAUAUAUAAAAUAAAAUGGAUGUUGUUAGAAUUCGUCAACUUUGUAAUACGGAUCGCAAUGGGAUCUUGUGCUCGUUCACACUCUACCUACCACAAUCGAUUCAUCAUGGAAUCCUGCUUUUAGUGCCUUUGUAUAAAUAAUGUAUUAUUAAACGGUUGAUUUUCUUGCAUUUGCCGGACAUUUCCGGGUAUCUCCAAGUUUAUCAUGGUUGAUCAUUACCCGAAAAAAUAUUUUGGACAUGUCAUUAGCAAGUGCCUGUCUUUAUCUCAUCUGUCUAAUCUCUGGUUUGCGAAACCCAAGUCAUACCGAAUUUGUUUCUACUUUUUUUUCUUAUGAAGGGAAUUUGUUUCUACUUUCUAGUACGAUUAUGAUCCGAUCGUUCUGUAUUGAUAAAAUAUCACGUUUUGAAAUAAUAUUUUUUUUUUCAAAAAAUUGUGCUGGAAAAAAUAGGCUACCGAACCUAAGUAAUACAAACUAUAUAGGAAUAAAAUUGUAAAUAAUUUUCACAUUAAUUCACAUUUGUCUUAUUUGUUAUUAUAUUGAAGAUUUAGAUCAUUUCAACAAGUCAGAUGAUUAAAACAAUAAUUAUAUUAUGUACAGAUCAAGAAUAUAUAUGCGAAAUCGAAUAUUACUAACAUACAAUUUAUCUAAAAUUAAAUGGUCUAAACUAAUACCCCAAAAAUGGGGAAAUAGAAUCAACCAAUGCUCUACUGUUCAAAAUAAAGAUUUAGACAAAUG